CCGUUUUCUCUGGCGGGUCGACGCAUUGGGCACCCCUACCAGAAUAGAACCCCACCCAAGCGCAAAAAACCAAGGACCUCGUUCUCGCGGAUUCAAAUUUGCGAGCUAGAAAAGCGGUUCCAUAAACAGAAAUAUCUGGCCUCUACAGAACGAGCGACGUUGGCCAAGAAUCUCAAGAUGACCGACGCCCAAGUCAAAACUUGGUUCCAGAAUCGGCGAACUAAAUGGAGGCGCCAAACGGCUGAGGAGCGCGAACAAGAGCGACAGGCAGCUACCAAGUAUUUCUUGUCGAUGCAAUUGGGAUCUCUGGGCUCGGGUUCGAGUCCAAAUUUGGGCAAUGAUUCGUCAACUACCAAAGUUACCGGUGACAAGACAAAUGCAUCUUCCUUGUCGGCAUUGGAAGGUUUGAAACCAUGGUCGGCAACAGGGUCAAGUCCAUCGGUUGAGGAUCAAUAAUAUCUAACAGAGGUCGAUCACUCACAAGAGUCAAGUCUCUUAUCUCCAUGUACAAAGAUGAUCUUUUUCGUCAGGUUUUACCAAUUGCUAGGAAUAAAUAUGCAUCUUUCUAUCUAAUGACUA